AUGAAGGCUGCGGUGAACAUUGGUAUCUCCCUGUUAGAUCAUGUCCGUAAUGACGAAGUUCGCGCAAGGAAGAAAGUUGCUCCCAUCGUUAAGAAAAUGCCGGAAAAACGACUGCGAUGGUACGAACAUGCGAGUAGAAGAGAUGAGAACCACAUCACAAGAAUGGCUAUGUCUUUAGAGGUUGCUGAGAAAAGACCACGGGGAAGACCAAAGAUAAGGUGGAUGGACAGAAUCAGAGCUGACCUGAAAGAGCUUAGGAUAGACGAACAUCAUGCCUUAAAUCGAGAAUACUGGAGACAAUUGACCAUAGGUUAG